AUGCUCAAAGUGAAUUCGAAAGUGCCUCCUUUGCGUUUUAAUGAAGCUAUUACAUUGUCACCUGAUAAAUAAUGUCGAAUUUUUGGACCACACCUAUUCUACGUCCAGGCAGCUUGUGCAGCGUAUGGCCCAAAAGAAGUCAUUCAAUUUGAAGUUGAUAGUGUGGAAGAACCACUAAGGGUGGACGCCACAAUUAGGGAAACAAACGGAGACAAGGAGUUUCAGUUGCAACCGGUGACAGCAAACCUUACUUUUCCCCGGCCAAUUGAUGCGAAAACUAAAAAUCUUAAAAUAAUUUUACAAUUCCAAUUUGCCUAUACCUGUGUAGCUGACUACUUCGGUGAUUUUUGCGAGGUCUUCUGCUCCUCCGAAGCCAAGGAAUAUCGGUGUAGUAUAAACGGAGAAAAGAUCUGCAACCCCGGUUAUAUAAAAGACAGUGAGACAGGAGCGUGUAUUUACGAUCGAUGUGGAUCAAUGCCCAAUUACUGUCUGAACGGUGGACGAUGCGUCAACAAAGCUCAAGAUGAAGAGGGUGCAUUGGACACCACAACCAUGCCAAUCUGUAUCUGUCCUCAAACCCGAAUGGGUGCUCGUUGUGAAAUUUUUCGAGCUCCACCUACACCGUCUACGACAACCACAACUACAACCACAUCUACAACUACCCCACCACCCACAACCACUUUGUUGCCCACUACUGCAGAACUUGCUUCUAAACCUUCAGGUGAAAUAUCUGCGGAAAAACUGGUCAAUAACAGUUUCACGGCAAGAUACUCAAAUGCCAUGAAGCCUUCUGAAUCACCUCAGGAGCCGUCCAAUCCGGAUAGAGUAAGUUGCAUCAAAAAUUUAUUUAUUUAUUUCAAAUGGCAGGCGUUUUGA